UGCCCACCUGCAGCGAAGGUCCCGUCAGCGCUUCCCCCUUGUCUUCUCGGCGGGGAUCCGCGAAAAAUGCAGCUGGGGCGCAUGGUGCUCUGCGCCCUGUGCGUGGCUGGCCACUGCAGCGCCGCCAGGCACAAGGCUGGAGCGGCCAGACGUGGGGCCCCCAAGGCGGCCGCCGCCGCGAGGCCCGCCGCGAGCGCGUCCAAGGAGAAGGCGGCCCAGAGCGCGCUCCCGCAGCUGCAGGCCAUCAUGGCCCGCGCACAGUCCAGCCUGGCGCUCGCGGAGAGGCACCACGAGAAGGCGGUGCAGAGGGCGCGCUCGAGCGUGGGCGACCUGUUCCAGGAGCAGGCCAAGUUCAUGGGCGUUCAGGUGGCCGAGUACGCCUCGGCUCUCGACGGGGCGGCCCGGGAGCUGUCCGCGGCGAUCAACGCCUCGAGGGCGGAGCUGGCCGCGGAGGAGCAGGCCGAGGCGAAGAACUCCAGCGUCGGCUGGGGUGGCGCCGCCAUGGAGGAGCGCGCGAGGGCCAGCGCGAAGGCGGACGCGGCCCUCCAGGAGCUGCGCCACCUCGAGCGCCAGAAAGGUCGUCAGGUGGAGGAGGCCAAGAGGCACGCCCUUGAGCCGCUCGACGACGCGUCGCAGAAGCUGAGCCGCCGCGUGGGCGACCUUUCGUCCUUCGCGGACGAAGCCAGGGCCAGCCUCGAGUGGGCCUCGAGGAAGGGCGGGGUUGGCGGGUCGAUGAUGCAGAAGCUCAACCUAACCAGGGACGCCAAGGGCGUGAUGGAGGUCCUGGAGGCAGCGCGCAACAUCACGGCUCAGAGGAUCAAGACUGCCGACGCGGUCUUCGCUUCCGCGCUCGCCAACGCCACCAACAUUACCAAGUCGAGCGCCGACAAGAUCGAGAAGGGCCUCAUCGAGGCGGAGAAGGAGGAGAUCAAGAGGGUGCGCCGGUAG